CCUCCUCCUCCUCCUCUCUCAUCACCUUUUGGCUAGCUAGCUUGAUCAAGCAGGUACCCAUGGCGAGUUUGGAGUUGACUAUGUCUGUUCCUGGCUUCUCUUCCUACCCGUCGCUUCCUUCCUCUGUGAGGGACUUGGACAUGAACCAAGUACCAUCAGGACAAGGACCAGAUCAAGAAGAAAUACUGGAGGACGAAGAAGAUAGCAGCAACGGGUCGGGCGGGGCGCCCCGGAAGAAGCUCCGUCUCACAAAGGAACAGUCCCGUCUUCUCGAAGAGAGCUUCAGACAACACCACACCUUAAACCCCAGGCAGAAAGAAGCAUUGGCCUUGCAGUUGAAGCUGAGACCACGCCAAGUUGAGGUGUGGUUUCAAAAUCGUAGGGCCAGAAGCAAGCUUAAGCAAACAGAGAUGGAAUGCGAGUAUUUGAAGAGAUGGUUCGGGUCGCUGACUGAACAGAAUAGGAGGCUACAAAGAGAGGUCGAGGAGCUGAGGGCCAUGAAAGUUGGCCCUCCAACUGUGAUGUCCCCCCACACGUGCGAGCCUCUUCCGGCAUCCACCCUCACUAUGUGCCCUUGUUGCGAGCGAGUCACCACCACCGCCACGAUCACCGUCCCUACACAGACUAAAGUCUCGGCCGCUGCCAACACAGCCUUGUCCUCUGAAGUGGCGACGCCCGCCCUCUAAUCCCGGGAGACUUGAUUGUAAUGACCAGCUUGAUCAUCAUUGAAAGAAAAUUAACCAGUCAAAAUUAGAGAGAGAGAGAGAGAGAGAGAGAGAGUGUGUGUGUGUGUGUGUGUGUGUGUGUUCAUAAUAAUUAGUUAAUUACUUUGUUAGUUUUUAAUACAACAUGUUUCUUGGGACACAACCCAACUCCGCGCGGUUGUUUCAAAAGUCUACACAAAUGUUCCGAUGUUGGUUUGGUUAAUUUUUAAGUUUUAGCAGCAUGUUUGCUACUUUGGCUAGCUAUCUAAUGAUUUCAGACCUCGGAAAAAGAAGCA